AUGGCGAACCCUCGGAAGUUCAGCGAAAAAAUAGCCUUACAUACUCAAAAGCAGGCUGAAGAAACUGCUGCUUUUGAAGCCAUAUUACAAGAAGUUAAUUCUGCAACCAGGGUAAAUGGUUCACUGAUUUAUUCAGAUGAUUCGGUCCUUCUUGAUUAAGUCCCACAUUACACUGUUUUGAUACCACGAAAAAAUUGACGGGAGGGUACCUAUGCCUAUAUUAAUUUAAUCUAAAUAAAAAUAAUUAAUUGGCAAAGAUGAAAAGUUGUAAGCCAAAAUAGAAAAAUCCAUCAGAUGCUAUUUCCGGCCUAUCCACAUAUACCUAGAAUUGUACUAGAUUUGGUUCAUUUUGAUUCUUUCCACCUAAACCAGUUUCAGUUAACAUUUUUUUAGUAAUUUAAAAUUUGUAUAGUAUAAAUAAGUAUAGUAUAGUAUUUCAAAUUCAAAGUAUUAAUUUGGUAUCCGUUACAAAUUUUAAGACUAGUCUUUGUGUAGUCAUGAAAUAUUAGCAUAGUAUUAUGCGUGACCAAACGUCCCGUAAAAACGGAAUUGUCCCGUUUUUUCAUGAUCAUACCCGGUGUCCCGAAAAAGUCUCUUGGGACGCCUAAAUGUGCCGUUUCUAAAACCAAGACCAAACACAUUAAAAUCACUAAAACUUCCUAAUUUAUAAUAUAACUUUAUUAUAUAAAUAAAGUAAUAUUUUGGCUAGCUGUGUAGCCGGUGCCACUAGUGUUGUGGGCUCGCGUGAUGGCUGCACUGUUCCCCCUCCACCACUCUGCCGACAAGAUGAGAAGUGGAGACCCUCUCUGCAAGCAAUCCUGCAGGUUCCCUACAGUUUUGAAAUGGACCUCCCUAGUUUUUACAACUUUAUAUUAGAUAAGAAGAAGGUUUUAAUAAUGGCUGGGACAACAGAAAUGUCCUCAAUUUAAAUCCUAGACUAUAUAAAUUUUAUUUGUUGUGUUGUCAUUAUGUUGUGAAAUAUGUAUAAAUAAACAAGUAUUCAGUGCAAAAUUAUUGUUUUCGUUUAUGAUAUGCCUCAAAGUUUAAAUUAAAUUACAAAAGUGUAAAAUUAAAAGAUUUCUAGAUCUAAAAUGAGCAUAUUUCAAUAAACAGUUUCCGGCGGGGGCCCCGGACCCCUCUUUAGCUGGAGGGUUUUUUCCCCCCCAAACCUUCCUUGGGUGUGUCCCGUUUUUUCCAUUUCAUGAUUUGGUCACCUUAGUAUAGUUUAGCGUAAAUUAAGUUGACAUAAGCCACACUCACAUAUAAUAGGCCCUAGUCUUUAAUAGUAGUCUGAUACGGAAUUUUUUUGUCAGCAUUUGGACUGAGUUGAAUUCUAGAGUAUGGAAAACAAAUUUGGUACAAGCAGGCCUAUGCCUACUGAAAUCGCGGUAAACAACACAUCCUAAUUGAUAUAUAUGCCUACUGAAAUCGCGGUAAACAACACAUCCUAAUUGAUAUAUAAAAUUGUAAUCAAAAUAUUGGCUAUUCCUAAAAUAAUUUUGUAUAACUAUAACUAACCCUGUGCAGUUAAUGGUCUGCAACUUGCUGCUCCAGAUAUUGCAUUCGGCUAAUUUGGAGAGAUGGCACCUUGACAUCAUUUGCAUGUUUUGUCCUUGGUUCUGAUAGGGUCAAAACCCAGCUUAGGGAUAAAUUUAGGGUUCAGGUUAGGUUUAGGGAUAGAUUUAGGGUUUGGGUUAGAUUUAGGGAUACAUUUAAGACAUAAGUUAGCGGGUCGCAGCAACCAAGAAGGUGGCCACGGUGCUAUCUCUACAAAUUUACCUUGCAUUCUACUCUUUCAAGGAGAAUAGAUGUGGAAUUAUUUUAUUACAAAUCUAUUUAAACAUCCAACCCAUCCUGUGGCUCUAAAAAUAUUUUCUUAGCAGUUAUAGUUUUAAAUACAAAAAAUAGAAAUAAAUCUUGCAUUUUAAGAAAUAUUAAAUAUUCUACUUUUUAGUGCAUUUUAACUCUUCUUUUUAAAAAAGUUUUUUGGUCACUUUAUACAAUCUGUGUUUCUGUGUAGGAUUCUCUCCCUUUUGUUUAUUCUUGGAUUGUUACUAGAGUUAGGUAAAUAUGUAAUUAAAGGCAUGGGUUUCACCAAGAGUUGUCUCACCCUAAGCGUACCCGGUAGUAAAAUUUCUUUGGGGAAUCCCUACAGCCUAUACUGGACUUAGGGUGACAGGACCAACUGUCAGACCUAAACGAUGAGAGUGACAACUUUCCCGUUCUUCACUGAGCAUUAUUAGUGUCAAAAACAUAAUCUGACAAUCUAUACAAUUAAUAUGAAAUAUAUUAAAUUUAAAUUUUCCCUUAGUUUUUUUAAUUAAAUUUUAACUUAAAAGGUUCAAAAGAAAUAAAAAAGAGAGUCAUCUUUGCUGAUACCACAAGAUGAACACCAGAACAAAGACGCAUGCCUCAAUUUCAAUACAAAAGUUAAAAGGAAAAUAAUUUCUGACCCUCCCACCCCCUCCCUACUUUUUCCAAGACAAAAAUUACAGAAUGAGAAAAAAUUAUCAUCAUGUCCCUUAGUUUGUUAGGUUUUAUUUAGGCUUCAACAAUCGGAAAAUUCUUCAAAUUAGUCAUAUUUAUUCUAAGUGUAAAAAAAAAUUUUUUGCAUAAAUUAUUCAAAUCAGAAUAUCUUAUUUGCGUAAGUGUUGAGAUUUCAGUUUGAUUCAUAAAGAUUGUAUUAGUUCAUUCAAUUUCCUACAAGAAUAUAAAUAGUUUUAUAUUUGUAAAGUACCGUAUUUAUUGGCGUAUAACGCACACCUCAAUUUAAGAAGGAAAUUUCAGGGGGGAAAAAAAAACAUUAUAUGGGCGUAUAACACGCUCACAUGAUUUGCCCCCUAUUUUCUGGGAGAAAAAGUGUGUGUUAUAUGCCAAUAAAUACGGUAAUCAUUUUAUUUUUAACUUUAAAAAUUACCAAAGUAAGUUCAAGGCUUGUGGAAAGGGUUCUGUCUUCUUGGCACCGAAAGUUCAAAAAGGCCAGAGGGGGUUAAUGUUUUAAGACAACUUAAGACAUCAUUCAUAGCAUUAUUCUUAAUAUGAUCUUGUUUGUUAUUGAUUCUAGGCGCCACCAAGAUAUCAGAAACAACAACACAUUGCCCCUAAUCUUGGGACAUAUCGAGGUGGAUCUCUCCCAAAUGUAAAUCAGAUAUCACAAUCUCAAGGAAUAGAUUUACAGGUACUGUUAUCCCGCUUAUGUUUGAUUCACAUCAACCAUAUUUGUUUAAAUAAAGUUGUUUUAAAAGGAUAAGCAUAGAUCUUUCAAUGAUUCUUUAUUUUUACAAAUAAAUAUUAACACAUUUAAUUCAAAAAAGUUUCCGUAAUAGGUCAGGUGAGAAUAGUAACAGAUUUUUACCGCUUUAAUAGAAAUGUAGAGCACACAUAAGUUUAUUUUAUAGUAAAUAUACCCUGAAAAAAAAUAUAGGCCAAUGAUAGCUACAUCAAAUGUCUAGGUACUUAAGCUGGAUAUUUAGGGCCUUCCUGGUUCACAAAAACAAGCAACAACAAAACAUGAUGGAACUGGAAAAUAAAAAAAAUUAGAAACCACAUUUUUUUGCAUAGGUUUAAGAGUUUUUUUAGUUGACUUCAUAAAUGUCAAAAAGGUCAUUGAUAGUGUGGAUAGAUAAAUCUCUAUAGAAGCUGUGAAGACACUAUGGAGAACUAAGAAGAUAUCCAAGAAUGGUUAUGGUUCAUUGUCAUCAGACUCCCUGGAGCAAAAGGUAAAUAGUACACAAUGACACUCUCCAUCAGUUUAAGACUGUCUUGGCCCUUCUUUCCCUCCCCCACAUACUGCCAUUGAUGCAGUACUUUACCAAAAAUGUUACUUAUUGUUCUGCUUGCAUUGGUCUGAAUUUCCAUUGAGAAAAAAGUCCUCAAGGUCAUCAAAAUGAGAACCAUCUCUUAACAUUGUCAAAGGAAAGGCUAGAAUAUGUGAAAAAUUUAACUUACUUAAGUGGAAUUUUAGACAAACACGGAAGGGACAGAUGCAAGCAUAAAAGUGAGAGUUGGAUUGGCCAUGAGCAGCUUUUCUGCAGUUGAAAAAUGUCUGAGCUUCCAAAGAUCUAAAGCAGGAAGUAAAAGUCAGGGAAUCGAACACCAUUGUUAAAACUGUUUUCGAUACAGUCCAGGAGAAGCAUUAUCUAUCACAACAAUCAUUUUUUCAACUCAUGUCUUUAAACAAUCCUCAGGAUUCAUCAGCCUAACCUUAUAAGCAAUGGAAAAUAAAAUAAAGACCAGAUGCUGAAGCAUCCUAUAAAGACAAUAUAGAUGAAUGGAUCACUUGCUCCACUAAUCUGCACCUUACAUCAAAAUACAGGCCUUCAUUCUAGAAUACCCAAGUCAAAAGGAAAAGGGCUGGCCUAGAAAUACUUAGCGGUAAACAAAAAGACAGGAGAACAAGCUAGUAUUGGGGUGCCUGAUAAUCUCUUGUAUGCAGCCUUUUUCCCGGGCAGGGCGGGCGACAGGCAAACAUUAAAUCACUCAAGUUGUCUUUCGUAGUGAAGUUAAAAUAAUUAUAUCAUAUAUUAUAUCUUGUAUUUGCCUAUAAAAUGUUGAACAAGACAUGAUGUAUCAAAGUUUGUUUUAUUUUUCAUUUUAUCGGGCAAAAACAUUAAAAAAAUUACCUCCCAGGAUUGUUAUUAUGUUUUCAGGCAACUCUUCAGCAUUUAGAUGACAUGAAGCAAGGUCGAUCAACAUUAGUUCAUGGAAGGCAAGAUAGGAAUAGGCAGCAAAUUGGACCACACCGAAGAAAUUUCCCCCCUGAUAAAAGGGUAUUAAAAUAAUAUCAUGUUUACAAUAUGGUAUCAUCUGAUAUCUACUUAUUUAAAGACUUUGUCAGAUUUUAGAGAAGCUGACAAAAGAUUUAAAAAACUAUUUUUAGAAAAGGCAGUGAUUUCAAACAAUUCAAUAUCAGAGAUUAAAAAAUGUAUCUAUAUAAGAAUCACAACAUUAUAAUUUAAAGGAUUAGUGACUUUAAAAAAAAAAACUUGAAUGUCUUUCUUUUGAUCCCACUUGUUUCACCAUUUUCAUGCCAGGGCAUUACCACAAUUAAAAGUGUAAAUUGUAUAUUUUUUUUACAGAUUGAUUCCUCUCCUUAUGGUUCUGCAUACCACCUAUCACCCCCACCUGACACAAGCUGGCGUAGGUAAGGUUGUUAUAAAAGUUGCAUAAUUUUUUUGUACAAUUUGAUUUUUCAUCUUCAAUAGCGAGAACACUGUUGGUAGAUUUAUGUCAUGUUCCCAUGGUUGUCUAAAUUAUUUGAAAAAACUUCUGUAUUCCUAUAUUUCUAAAAUAGAUGUUUGCACACUUUUGAAUAUGUAAACAAAAAUAUUUACAUAAUUUGUUAACCGUGUCUCUUUAAUGGUCUUGCAAAUAUUCUUUAGGUUGUCUUUUGUAAAGAGUUGUAAAAUAUAAAUGAAUUUCUUUUUUAUAUAGUAAUUUUUUAAAAGUUUGAAGGCUAGUUUCUUUUCAAAUCUAUGCUCAUAUUUUAAGCACAAUGCUGCUUUUUAUUUUAGUAGUAUUUUAAAAUUGAUUGUUGUCACCAAAAUAGCUUUCAUUUCUAAUUUUUCAAAAUAUGUAUGCUUUAUAAAAAUAAAUGUGCAAUAUUGCUUAAAUUCAGUUGUUUUAAAAUUCACUAAAACCUCUACUUCCAAUGCUUAUCUUUACAGAUCAGUUGUUUAUCUUGCUAAAUAUUCACUAUCCAGUUAUUUAAAAAAUUAUUUCCAAAAUAAAAUUAAUUUAUGUAACUUGACUGACCAGUUGUUGAACUACUGUUCUUUUUAUAAAAUGGCAAUUGUAAUAAAACUCUGCUGAUUUGAAAGUUUUAUUAUACAUUUGUGUUCAAGGGAAAAAGUACUGACUUAUCAUUUUAAAAAAUAACACAAGAUAGGCGGGUAUUUUGACUUUUCCGUGUCUUCUGGCUCUUUUCUUUGGUUAGUGAAAUCGGUUUAUGUCAAUAUUAUAACCUUAAAUGUAUUAAUGUAUUAAUAGAUAAUUAUUAUUUUAAGAUAUUUUUUUUCUUCAUGUUUUCUGUGCCAUGCACCUGCCUGCAACUUUUCACAUUUUCAAAAACUAACAUUUUAGCUAUAGGAAAUUAAAUACCAUAUGGGAUUCAAAUUAGCUGAUGUUUGUCAUUUCAUGUGGAGCGUUUUGGAACUAAUGUUGCACUGAUUAGCAAAUUGGCAGAUUCCAAUUAAUAAUUAUGUGUUGAGCUUUGAAAUAACUAUUCAAAUUAUAAAAUGUAUCUAAUUUAUUGUACUGUUUAAAAUUUCGAAGUGGCUAUUUGUGGUAGUUUAUUUUAGUUUAACUGAAGAAGUAAGUUUACAAACAUAAAGUUCAUUCAAUUAUCUUUCAUUUGAUACCAAAUUUUGUCCUACGAACCCUACAAUAAUUUUUAAAUAUUUUUUUAUAAACCCAAACUCUCAACGGGUCCGAAUAGCCGCAUCCUUAAAAUUUAUUCAAAAAUAAAAUCUGCUAUUUAAGAGAAAAAUGGGAGAGGGGAGGGUGUAAGGUAAACCAUUCUUAUUAUAAAAUAGCCCGACAAUGAAAUGGAAGCAAGUGCUACUUUGACGCUUUAGCACUUAGCAUUGCUCCUAAUCCUGGAAAUUAGCCUUUGGUCACCACAAAGAGAAGCAGACAUUCACUGGGAAAAUUAUAAUGUUAUUUGGUGUACAUACGCACAAUGCAAUAUUAAAACAAGACCUGAACUCCAUCACUCUCAAACAGUAAAUGCCUCCCCAAUAAAAACAACACUAAAAAAUAAAUUAAUUCUAAAUAAAAGCAACCCCUAGAAUUGAAGAAUUUUAAAAGAAGCAAUGUGAGUAUAUUAUUUUAGCACAAAUUUGAUAAUUUCCCAUAAAACAUUCAAUAUUCUAUUAAGACUAUGCAGAUUUACUUCUAACAUUCAGAGAGCAUUUUUGGUAGGUCAACAACCAGAUUAAUCAUCCAAGAAAAGUUAACGACAGAUUUAUUGGUAAAAUUGCUGAUUUAGCUCCAUCACCCCAAUUAUUCAUGCAGCCUUAGUCUAAAUAAUUGUAUAUAAUGUAAAAUGAAUAUAUUUAUAUAAAGUUAAAAUGAUUUUUAUUUUAGAAUUAAUUUGAAGCUUAAUUUUGAACUAGAAUUGUAGAGGGCUUGAAAACUAAAAAUAGACAGGUGGUUGUAAUGUUAAGAAAAAUAAUUUUCUAUUCAUAGAUGACUAAUCUACCAGAUAAAUUAAUAUUUGAUUUCAGUUGGUAAAGUAGAUUACAAGAAUUUGUUUAAUAGCUUGAGGUUUUGUUGUAUCCCCUCCUCCUCUUCCUGGUUUAUAACCAAUUGGCUGAAACAUCUUGCUGAUAACAUUUUUUUUAUUUGUACAUUGGAACUUUAACUUAAGGGAAACAUUAUCAAAAUUUAAGAUUUCAUCAGUUUAAAUAUAUAAGUUUAUUGAAAUAAAAUUAAAACAUUAUUAUUAAAAUAUUUGAUACAGUCAGCUCCUAUGAACAAUUUAGGUUACAUACAUUUUAAACAAAUACUUGUACAUUUUUUAGUAAACAUUUCACAAAAGAAUUUAUGUUUGUGUUGUAUAAUAAAUGCUUGGCCAAAAUUGUAAAAGUUAACUUUAUAAAAGACUGAUAAUCUGUGACUGGGCAAGUGCAGUUGUUUGUCCAUUGGAAAGGCUAAAGCAUAUUACUGAAGAAAAGUAUCUUUGAAACAAUGCUUGCUUCAUUUACACGUUUGCCAUAGUGUUUGAGUUCCAUUGUUCAUUAACAAAAUAUCCAAUUGAGCAGAAGCUUUUUUUUUUUAUUAUUAUUGUUUGUUUUUUUUGUUACCACCCUAUGUUUUUCCUUUUUUUUUUUUUUUUUUUUUUUUUGUUUGUUUUUCCUUUUUUCCUGUUGUGGGCUUCCCAGGACGCACCGCUAUCUGUAUAGUGGCCUUUCAUUGUCUCGGUGAGUGUAUCCCCCUAGUCUGUAUCUUUAGUCAAAUUCCAUCUUGACUCCUCCACUCAUUGCAUUGGAUUGGCACCAUAACACUAAUAUCAUCAUAGGUUUGGGGUUCUACUGAAUGAUGAUGGUGUUGACAGAAGAUGUUUGAAGCCUGCUCUGCAUAAAAUGCACUUUUUGUUUGCUAUAAAAAUAUCCACUGAGUAAUAUGCCUUUCACUGAUACACAAUGUGUGCAGUAUAAAAAAAAUUAAUUUUUUAACGUUUUUUUUUUCUUCUGUUUCUUCUUUUAAAAAAAGUUAAAAUUAUUAUGUGUGUUUUUGUUUGUAAAACAGUAUUAGUUAAACAUUUAGUAUAUAUCUUCAUAUUUAAAAAAUAUAAAAUUACUAUUACUGCAAAGCUACCACAUUAUCCUUGUAAUCAAUACCUCUCUGCAAUUAACAGGUUUUACAGGUUUUUAACUAGCACAUAGUUAUUAAUGUUUAUCUUUGUAGGUAAGAAGGGAAGGCUGAUUGAAAUUUACUUUUUUUAAAACAUUUGUUUGUGGGCACAUGAAUUUUGUGGAGUUUUUUUUAAAUUUAAUAUUCAUAACUGUUCCUCAUCCCUUAAAUAAAAAAAAAAAAGACAGGCAAUGAAUUAACUUAAUAUGUAUUUUUGCUCAUCUUACUCCUAACUUGGGUUUCCUCUUUAAAACCUUAAAUUAAUGUUAAUUUCAGUAGCUGUAGAAAAACAAGUGUUGAUCUAGUUUUAAACAUUUUUAUUUCAGGCCUACGUGUGCGUUCAUUUAAUCAGUUGAAAAUUAUUUUAAUUUUAUUUGUGUAACAUGUAACAUAAACGUUUGUCUCAUAAAUUGCCUAGUUAGGAAACCAUUGACAGUAAUAAUAAUUGGACAGCUUCAUUAAUCGUUUAAACUUGCUAAAAAUGUAUAUUCGAAUGAGCCAUAAAACACAUUGAAAAAAGUUAUGCCCCAAGUUUUCUAUUUUCUAUUAUAAUCUUAUUUGUGAAAGUUAGCAAUAUCUUUCAUUACAAAAUUGAAUAAAACAAAAAUUAAUUUUUGCAGCUGUGAAACUUAAUUCUCUAUAACACUUUGUUAAAGCAGAAAAUAAUUUUUGUUACUCAUGGGAAAGAAAUCAUUAACGCAAAGCAUGUUUUUAUUAAGACAAUACCAACAUUUCUGUGACUCCUCCUCUUACCCCCACUCCCCAAAAAGCCCCCCCCCCCCCCAAAAAAAAAAACAACCAAAAAAACAUUUUACUCGUUACUGCUUAAAUUUGAACUUAUCUAUUUGAUAAAUAUUUACACAUACAUUGGAAAUGUUUGAUAAACUACCAUGAAAAGUUAAUUUUCUAUUUUUAAAUGUUUUUUUGUGUUUUUAAUAAAAGCUGCCAUGUUAGUAAUUGUCUUAUUACAAUUAUCCUCAAAUAUAAUAUUAACAAACUGUAUUCCCUUAUUAUAAAUAUUAAGUUUAUGCAUUUUGUUAAAUGUAAAUGAUUCUAUACACUUAAAACUCUUAAGAGCCUUCAUUUAGACUAUAUUCUAAUUAAGUUAAAAUGUUUGUUAGCUGGAGUAUGCUUUUAUUUCUUUUAUUUAAUUGGUAAAAAGUGCACUUGUAUCAUUAUCAGUAAUACAUAUCUUAAGUGUAUAAAAGCUUUAGUUAAAUAUUAAUUUGUGUCUUAGUUUUAGCACUUAUAGGGCGAUGAAACCCUCAGAAUAUAAAAAUUAUUUUUAAUGUAAUUUGAGUCUUCCAGUUUUAGAGCUAAAAUAUGUUUAAGAAAAUAUUAUAAUCUCAAGUUAAGAAAUAGAAAGCUGUUGGUUGAAUAAGUAAAAUAAUGAGUGACAUAGGAACACACUUUUACAAUCUCUUUAAAAUAUAUAUAUGCUAAGUAAAAAGGAUUAAUUUUUCACUCCUUUUUUCCCUUUUCAUUUAAUAUGAGUGGGAUUUGUUUGUUUCUCUAAAUUUCAGACAUCCCAGAGAACUGAAAUUUCAUACACAGCAUAGUCUCAUUGCAUAUUUUAAUUUGGACUACCCCAUAUCAUCCCCUUCUUAAUUUCUUUUCUUCAAAAUGCCCCUAACAUCCCACAUUGACUGAGAUUUCAUUUUGGGUUUUGAAAUUGAAAGGAAUGGGUCUAUUGGCCAGAAUAUGUACUCACACCAUUGAACAAUAACAAUAAACAAUUUUAAUUAAACAUAUGAAUAUUAGGAACACCUCACUAUCACCAACCCGCCCCACCUUCAGCCAUGUUUUAAAUAUGGUUGAUAGUUAUGAUUAAUUUAACAGUUGCCAUUGACCUAUUGUUAAAUAUGCAGCCAUUAGGUGGUUAUAUAAAAGGAGAUAUUUUUUCAUGUGUCCCUAAAUUAUUCUGAUAUACAGAAAUUUAAAUAAAAGAUUCAGAAAUAUAUUUAUGUAAAUAUCAUUUCUUAGCAUGUUGUAUAAAGCUUUUGACAACUCCUAAGUGGAAGGGGUGAACUUAAUCUCAAAAUAAAUUGCUGCUUACUCAUAGCCAGGUUAAAUCUUUACUACCUUAUUUACCAUAACUCAAUACCUAUUUUCCCUUCAUAUUAUUUUAUAAAUGUUAAUAUUUUAAUUCUGUUUAUAAAAAAAAAAAAACACUGUUUUUUUUAUUUGGAUCAAAUUUGGCAUUAAUCAAAAUCAAUAACGAAAAAAAAAACCUCAGUUAAUCACUUCUGUUUCUCUUUUAGUAUCUGCCUUUCUUUUAGACAACCAUGGUAAUGACUUGUAAUUGAAAUUAACAUGUUGAAAAAUUUUUGCUAUCAUGCAUAUAAUGUAUUUGAAUUAUAACUUGCAUCUUGACAGUAAAAUAAAUAACUUUAGUUUUAACUUUAGUUUUGCUAGUUUUUCAAUUUGUAGGUUCAUCGAUUAACAAGAAAAUAUGGAUUUUAUUUUGAAGCCUUCUGAUCAAGGGACAAGAGAAAAUAAUAUUUAUAACUUUAUUUCCCAGGGUUCACUCAGACCCAUCUUUACACAUGAAUGCUAUGGGAAAUGCUAACAACAAGAAUUAUGCACAUCCUCCUGUGACUCCCCCAUCGCAUCGCAGAAGUAAGUAUUUUCAUAUUUCAGAAUAUCCCUUGUAAUAAUUAUUUUAUUCACUACACUGUUGUCCUGUCUACUGAAGAAAGCUCUUAUCCAAAACUUUCUCUUUUUAUUGUCCUGUCUUUAUAUUUGAAGGUUCCACAUACCUUGUUCCACUAACUUUAUGAAGUGGACAGAAAAUGCAACAACCCUCCCCCUUAAAAAAAUCUUCCUGGAGCAAAGAACCCUCUUUGUACCCUGGAUGGUAUGGUUAUCUAAAUGGCUGUGAGGAAAGGUUUAGAAUACAUAGCAAUUAGGGAUGAAGUCCGAGGGGAGGGGGGGGGGGAGGUACUCAUCCUAGUAACGUUCAAACUGCAGAACCCCACGGUACAGAAAUGUCUUUCCACAGCCCUUCUUUUAUUUUUAGUGAUGGUAUGGUUAUCUAAAUGGCUGUGAGGAAAGGUUUAGAAUACAUAGCAAUUAGGGAUGAAGUCCGAGGGGAGGGGGGGGGGAGGUACUCAUCCUAGUAACGUUCAAACUGCAGAACCCCACGGUACAGAAAUGUCUUUCCACAGACCUUCUUUUAAUUUUAGCUUACAAUGUACAAUUUUGAGGUGUCUGUUAUGAUUGUACGCCAAGACCCAUCUCAACUACGAUUUUAAGAAACCGGGUUUAAAAUAUUUACAUUCUGGUAGCUUUUCUGAUUAAAAAAUAAUAAUUAAAGUACAUUUUUUGUUUUUAGUUCUAACCUGCUUUCAUCAUCCAGCAGUGAAUGGAUAGAGAAAUAUGAUUGGUUGGGGACCAACUAUAAUUAUAUUACGUUUGCCCUGAGAGGGAAAAGCAAUGGUGUUGAUUUAAGAUAUUUUGCAGGGAGGGAGAUUCCUUUAUAUUAAAGUCUAUAAAAUUAACACUGCCACAUUUUUGUAAUGAUAGUGGUGAUAGUUAAAUUGUUGCCUUGUGUGUUUUCAUAUUAUCUUGCUAGACACUGCAACAGUAAUAUUAGUGGAGUUGCCUUCGUUACAAUUUUAGCAUUUGUUUUCUUCUGUGCUGUAUGAUGUAAUUUUGUGACAUAAUGAUUUUUUUAGGCGAACCUCGGCAAGUACAGAAAAGGAGAAUGAAUUCUCAACUGUCCUUUGCUGUGACAUUAGUUUUUGACAUACUUUUUAGGAUUUUGAUAGGGUAGUUGAAAUCUAUUUUUAUAAAGCACAAAACAUCUGUAUGAUUUUUAUACCGUACGCCUGAUUGGUUCCAACACUUCUCUUCCUUUCACCCAUUUACAGCUUGUGAUAGUUAUCAGACUAUAAUAUAUUAGUGGGAAAUAGACAUAAGGAAUAUUGAUUCUAUUUUUUUUUAACUAGCUUUUUCCUAAAAAGUUUUUUGGUAGGUUUUUUAAAUGAUGUCAUCAUUUGUUAAUUAACUCUCACCAGGUAUAUCAUUAAAUUUUAUUUGAUCUGACUUUGAAUUUGAACCACAUCAAAUUUAACCAGUAACUUUAUUUUUACCAGUGACAGAUUGUGAUAAUGUGAUCUGCACUUUCACUCACUAUAAAUUAAUAUCUAUGGCAAUUAAAAAUCUACAAAACAAAGUGACCUUAGAUUGCAAUAGAAAUGUCGGUCAUCUACUUUUGGAGUUACCUUUUUUGUCGCCAGUUUAACUCAAUCCUACUAGACACGCAUUGCGAGUAGUUAUUGUACGGUAUACAUUAUAUGUACUGUAUGUUUAUUUAUAUACUAUUAAGAUAUUGUAAGAUUUUGAAACGAUAUUGUACGAUUGUUGGAGUUUGAGGGCAAAUAUGUCUGCUUAGGUUACACAAUGCUUUGGUGGCGACCUGAUUGGGGGAAUAUGCUGUGUUUGUAACCUAUUUAGUUGACACAAUGCACUUUUGGCAUCCUCUUGUGCCAACCUUUUUCUUAUGGGACCCUGCUCUUUAAUUUUACUUAGAUCAGAACCUCUUGAAGGAGUUGUUAAUUAGGAUUUUUUGCAUUUUGAUGACAACAGUUUUUACUUUCACUGUGCUAAUGCUGAUCCUGUCGCAUUGAAAAUUACAACAAAAAAAACAAUUCAUUUAUUAUCUGUGUGAAAAUCUAAUGUUUUGGUUUUAUUAGUCAUUUAAAGAUGAGUUAAAAAAAGCAUCUGAAGUACUGAAGCUAAAAACUACAUUUUUCAAAAGAUAAGUAACAAACUUUAAUUCAUUUCUUCCUCCCAAGGAAUAAAUUUUUAGCAGGGUAUUAAAAAUAACUGUUUAUAAAUAUAUCCAAAUUUUUGGAAACCUUUAGUUAGUUGGAAACCUUUUUAUUAUAAAAUAAUUAUUAAAAAACGGUUAUAAUUAGUGAUAAGUCUAGUUAUGCUGAAGUGGCCAUGGUGUGCAUUCAUUGAAAGAGUAAUGUGUUUACAUUUCAUUCAAAUUAAGAUUUAUAAUUGCUGUUAAGAUUUAUAUUUGCUUGUGGCAUUGAAUCCAUUUGAAAUUUAUUUUAAAUGUUUAAGCUGCUCUUGAAAAAAUCCAGAUGUUGUUACAUAAUUUUAAUAAAAUAUUUAACCUUUCAACUGAGCUGUAACUGUCUCUGGCUAGGCACCACUUCUAACCCUAUGAGUUAAGAUUAUUUAAUUUUUGUGUUGUUUUUAUUGUUGGCUGAAGAAGGCCUUUUGCCUCGGAUGAGUUUUACCCACUUUUUGAUUGCAAAGAAGACCAUGUGAUCAUUUGAUUUGAAAGCUAUUUUUUUUUUUUUUUUUUUAAAUUUAUUAAUAAUUUUUAUUAUGUUUCUUAAAUCUCAAUAUCAAUUGAAGGAUGUGAACCUUAAUAUUGCAUUUUUCUUUAGGGAUUAAAAUGUAAUAUUUAAUGUUCUGAAUUCCCUUGAAAUUUUUUUUUUUUUAAAGUUUUUUUUUUUUUUUUUUUUUUAAAUUUAUUAAUAAUUUGUAUUAUGUUUCUUAAAUCUCAAUAUCAAUUGAAGGAUGUGAACCUUAAUAUUGCAUUUUUCUUUAGGGAUUAAGAUGUAAUAUUUAAUGUUCUGAAUUCCCUUGAAAUCUGUAAUGCUUAAUUUGCAGUUGUUGAAAUGGUAGGUGAAAAUGCUGGGGAUGGACUGCAAAUGAAUUACUGGGAUUCCAAAAAACUUGGUGGGCCUUCACGACCUAAAUCUUGUGAGGUUCCAAACAUCAAGUUAGUCAGAUAUUUCUUUAGUCUUAAUUUGGAUAAUGUUCUCAUGUUGUAUAUUUACAAUUAUUGAAAUAAAUAUUUAAAUAAUACAUAUUUGUAAUGUUUUAUUUCAGUAGAGAUUAUUAUGCAUGUUUAAACUUUGAAAUAAUAUAUUUUUUUUACCAGCAUCUAUCCCAGCCAGGAGCAUGAUGGUAACAAUUCCUCUUCGCCUGUCAUUCAGAUGACAGCCAAUAACACAGGGUCUCUACCAGAUCUGUCUGUACUACAUUUUCCAUCACCUCUGCCAACUCCAUUAGAUCAGGAUGAUCCUUUUAAUACUGGUGCUGCAGGCAAUAGUCCUGUCAGUCUAAGUCCUACUAGUCCACAUCACAUGCCUAUGGGUCAUCAAAGUCCACAAAGUCCUAAUCAGCGCAGGCGGCAAACUCAAGGCAUGCCUCUGCCCAGUCCACUAGUUCUCAACCAAAUAGGAGGCCCUUCCUCUCCAGUAAGUUUUACAUUUUUUAAGAUCCCCAAAUAGGCUAUGAUGCACAGUAGUGGAAAAACUCAAUAUUUACGUCCAACUCUAAGAGUGCCUGAACAUGUAGGAUUUCCUCCUCUCCUCGCCCCCCCCCUCUUUUUUUUUCUCCCUUCCCAAACCAGCUCUAUAGAUAACUGGCCUGUAAUGUCUAUUUAAUCAUGAUGCUCAAAUCAUUUUCUUUAAAAUAUGUCCCACCUCUUUCUGUUGAGGGCUGUUUUGUCUCUCUAAAGGUAAUGUGUGUGUCACAUUAAAACAUUCGGUACAUUUUUAUAAGUAAAAGAUGAUAUACAAAAUAUUAAUGUACUAAAAUACCCAGUGUCUAAAUCACCAGACUAUGUUAAUAACAUAGUAUGGUGUUUUGCCCAUACAUUUUGUGCUUUAUGAUUAUUCAAUCACUUUCUUAGUGCUUUUGCUUCUUUUCUUUCUAGUCUUCCCUCACAAUUUUAAUCUGUAACUUAAUGAAAAAAUCAAAGUUGGAGAUUGUAAAUCGUGGUGAAAUGGCUGAAAGGAGCAUUCUGAUUUUCCCAGGUGUCCAAUACCAGUUUUCCAAGUCUGCUCAUGAUCAAAUCCUAUUUCUGUUGUGGCACAUCAUACUACAUAUAAAAAGGAGGGUUGGGUUUAGCUGUAUUUUAUGGUUAAUAUUGAUGUAUCAAUUAAACAGAUGUUUCACUUUACUAUCAGCGGAUUCUGCCAAGGACUUUCAAAAAAAUAAAAAUGUAAAAAUACAUGAUUUUCUAAAUGGUAUUAAACUGGUAAUUAGCACUAUUUAAAAAUAUGAAACCAUUUAAAAAGGACUUUCGGCAAGAGCAACCAUUUAAAAUAUUGAAUGGCUUUAUAGCAAUUCAAUUUAAAAAUUAUAAAUAAUACAUCUCUGUCUAGUGCUCAUUGUUUUAUAUGUUUAGAAAGUAAUGUGUUUGCUUUAAUUAGUCAUCAUUUGUUUAAUAAGCCUUUAAUUUAGCUUUUGUUGUGCCUACAGUGUCUAAUUAUUGUGAUACAAAAUUCAGUAGUUCCCAAAAUAAUUCUUACUAUUGAUUUAUUAAACUGAUUUUACAUGAUAAAUCUAAAAUGAUUCAAUGCUAAAUUACAUACAUGACCAUACUGAAUCUUUUCUUCUAUACUUUAUGUUGUUGUUAGUACCAGACUAUAGAUACAUGUUAGCAAAAGAGAGAACACAAAAAUCUCUAUUGUAUCUUUUAAAUACUCAUUUUAUAAAGGAAUUAUAAUUUGUAAAUGAGCUUUUUUUCCCCUUCUGAUAUCAAUUUGCCCUUCCCUAGCGUCUUAGUAGAAAUGAAAUACUUCUGUAUUCUAAUUUGGAAUAUUAAUUUAUUAGAAACUAAGCUGGUACAGUUUCCAUGUUAAUGAAGAAAGGCUGUUUUGAAUAUUAAAAUCCUGUUAAUAUUUCUUGGAAAUCAUGGCUCUAACAGUGUAUACUUUUUAAACAUUUUGUUGACACUGAGGUAAAAAUACACAAAUGAAAAUUUUGUCUGUUUUUUAAAACUCACAAGUCAAUUUUUUUUAAACUUUAUAACCCUAUAACUGUCAAAAACAUUUUUCUUUAGCAUCAAGCCAUUUUUAACAAUUUCAUACGAUUAUCAAAAAUCACAAACAAAAUUAAUUCAGAGACCAUUACAAGUAUACAUUAAAAGGUAUGAAAAGAAUGUGUUUUUAUGUUAUGUAUGUUGAUAUUGACUUUGACCUUCACAGAGUGAGUAAAAUUUUAGUAUUCAACUUCUAAAUUCAAACCACCCAAUAUAUUCCAUAAAUUGUUGAAACUAUCACAAAAUGACAUUUUUGAGGUAGUAGAAGCUAUAUUAAUAUUCUUUCAGAAAAUGUCAAGUUAUAGUUACUUCUUUGAAAAUUAUGAUAUUGGUGAUUUUUUUUCAUUCAGGACCUUCAAAUUUUUUUCAUACAAAAUACAAAAGGGAAGGCACAAAAUGAGUUCAAAAAUUUUAUUUUCAAUUGAAGUUAUUAACUCCAUUUUUUAUUAAUUAAUACUCCAGAACAUACACAAACAUAAGUAUCUUUGAGGUAAGUCUAUGGGAUCCAAUAUGUGUCUUUUUCAGUUAGUUCCAUCCUUUCCCAAACGAAUUUGUAUGUAACAAUAAAGCUAAGCUUAAGGAUAUAAUUGUCAAUAUCUGACUCUUAUCUCGACAUCACCGUGAGAGCUAAGACAGUCAUUUCCAGCACAUGGAAUAUCUCUGAAAUCUUUGCAUCCAUUUUAAUAUAUUUGAAAUAAUUCCAAUAAAGAAUUUCUGUGUUAAUUUUGAAACCUAGAUGGGGGCCCUCACUUGCAUCAGACAUGGCGGUAAAAAAAUUCAUGAAAAUUUUACUAAAACAUCCCUAAUGAAAGCACGUAAACACACUGAUAGUAAUGGAAAUAAGAAGCAAACUCAUUUAUAUAAAGUGAUUUGCCCUUAAACAAUAUAUUAUUAUAUUAAAUCAUUCACAUUUUUAAUGAUGAAUUUGCUAGAGGCCGAUUAUAUUGUCCAUGACAGAAAGUGGUAUAAUGGCCAAUGAUCGGCCUUAGGUCAGUUAUAAUUUUAAGAUAAAUGCAAAUAUGAAUUGAUCAAAAGUAGAUUAAAUAUAGACCACCAAGUUCUUUUAAGUAAACUUAUGACAUGGUGGUUUGUUGUUACUUAUCAUUCCAAUUUUAUUUAGUCAGUGUUAACUUUUAUUUUUCCUCUUUAAUUUGCUUCAUUUUGUUUGUGAAAUCUAUUGAAAGCUUUCUUAGUCUAGUGCUGGUCUUGCUGUUGUGCUUUUGUCAGCUUGUCUUGUUUGUUUGGUUUUAGGCUGGAUUAGCAGAUAUGGACCCCUGCAUGCGACAACAGUACAUGUUAUGUUUACAGCAGCAGCAACUUCUUCAGCAACAACAACAGCAGCAGCAAAUGAGGCACCAGGGCACUCAGUCUCCCCUUAGUCAACCUUUCCCUGUCUCACCAUUAUAUUCACCCACACAUCAGCGCUCUUUAAAUCAUCACCGACAAGCAACCAAGCCAUCCUUACCCUGCUAUCAGCAUAAUCAUAUAUCAUCACCAACAGGAUCACCAACUCAUUCUCCCAAUGCCCCCAGCCAAUCUCACCUAAAUCAGUCACCUUACACAUCUCCUCAACACUCCAACCAGCCUCAACAAUCUCCACCUUUGGUGCCUCAUGUCCAUGUCACUAAUUGUGAUGAUCUUGGUUCUCAGGUAGGUUAUUUUUUGUUUUUGGUGAUGUAUUGGUGUAUUUAUGCUUUAGAUAUUGCACUGCAUUGUUUAAAUUCCAUCAAUGUUUUAGCUGUACCACAGGAGUUUUUAAAUAAGCAUGUGAUGAUAAAAAUUACUUUCUUCAUGCAUAAAAGUGGAUAUUUUAGGUGGACCUUUGGCACAAUGUAAGCCCACAUGUUUCCUAAUCAGGAGUUAGCAAGUUCAAGUGAAUUCAGUGUUAGCCCCAGCUUGGGUCAAUAGAUGGAAUGGACUCAUCAUCCCUUUGAAGAAUGACAUGUUGGGGGGGAACUUUGAAGGGGGGGUGGGGUAGGGUAGGGUAAAUUCAUUUUUUAAAAAUUGACGUUAAUUUGUCAGACCUGUAUACUCUUACAAAUUUGUCGAACGAUGUACAAUUUUGAGAUAUCUUUUACAAUUGUAUGCCAAAACCUGUCAGAACUAUGGUUUUAAGAGACCGGGUUGAAAGUAUAUACAUUCCGGUAGUUCUGGUAUUUAUUUUAUAAGUUAUUAAUAAUGUAUGUUUAGUUAUUUACUAUUAAGCUACUGUAUUGUACGAUUUUGAGAUGAUAUUGUAUAUGAUUUUAAGAGUUUGAGGGUAAGUAGGUCGGGGGGGGGGGGGGUUCGUCAAAAAGUAUGUGUGCAACAGGCUUUUUUUUUUUGCCAACGCUCUAUAAAGAUGGUCCCUACUUGGGUUUGUUUGCUUUGGUGCUGUAUGACGUAAUUUAUUUAUUUCCGCUGAACUCAACUGUUCCGCACGGCAACAUUAGAUUUGGACAUAUUUUAUAAGACCUGGGGGAGAUUUAAAUAAAUUUUUAGAAUGCUCAAAACAGCUGUAACAGCAGUAUAGUAGAUUUUUAAUACCCGCCCUUUUCCUUUCACCCAUUUACAGCUUGUGGUGGUUAUCAGACUGUAAUAUGUAACUGGAAAUAAGCAUAAAGAAUGUUGAUUCUUAUUAAAAAAAGUUUUAACAGCUUUUCCUUUAAAAAAAUUCUCAAGUUACUUGGUACUUUUUUUGUAAAAAAAACUCCUAAUUUCUUAAUUAGUUCUUAUUUUAAUAAAUUUUAUUUUAUGCUGAUCUGACUUCAAUUUUGAACCACAUUAAAUUUCACCAGUUACUUUAUUGGACUGUGAUAAUGUGAUCUGCACGUUUUCCUAGAUAUUUAUUAAUUGAUAUCUAUAGCAGAUACACAUCAUCAAAACAAAGUGACUGCAGAUUGAAAUAAUCAUCAGUCAUCUAUCUUUAGUAGACACGUGAUGCAAAUGGUGUUCAAUGAAUUUGAACAAGCUUGUGGUCUAGUGGAUUUGAAAAGGGGCUAACAAGGUAGACUUAAGACACACUAUUGGCUAAAAUAAAGAAAAUCAGUGCUCUAUAUAAAUGUGCUUUAUUACAUUGAAUCUAAUAUGAACAAAGAUACAUAAAAUCUACAUAUCAAGAAAUGAAUACAGGUCAAACACUAAUAACAUCUAAAACUCACAGUAAUAUAAACAAUACUAUUUCAAGUCUAAGUUCCUGGAAUUACUAUUUCUGCUAAAUAUUGAAUGGCCCUAUCUAGUACUUAGCAAAUGCAACGGAAAGCUAGUCACGGAACGAUAUGCUCAUCUCGUCUCUCUCUCACUGUAGGGGAAUACACCCAGUAUUUAUAUUGAAACAUUUGGAGUGGCUUGACCUUAAAUGUGGGUCAGGGUUGGCUUAGAUUUUGCUCCGGCCAUUAUAAGGUUAGAAGGUGGUAAGAUGAUACGGCUAGGCUAAUGGGUUACAUAAAGAAAAUGGCCCUACCUUCUAACAAUACUGUACGUUUAUUUAUUUACUAUUAAGAUACUGUAUUGUACAAUUUUGGGAUGAUAUUUUAUGAUUUAAGAGAGUGGGGGUUAACAAGCCUGAUUUGUGAACAUAUUGUAUAUUUUAAAGUGGUAGUAAGGCUGAAAUACCCUUUUACCUCAUUUAAGAAAAUUACAUCAAUAUAGGAGUAGAGAUUCGUGUUUGUAAUUACUUUUAAGUUCAGGGCAUUUUUAAAAAAAGAAAGUGUUUCCAGUUUUUUUUUUUUUUUUUUUUUUUGUGCGCGUUAAAUAAAGCUCUGGUCAAGCACUUGUUGUUUCAACUUAAAAAUUACCUGAUUGAACACAUUAAUUAAGAGUUUAAAAUACAAUUUAAAAGUUGCUGUUUUUCACACGGACAGUUGUAAUGAAAGCCUAAAAUUUUGUUCCUCUAAUCUCACUGCAAAGUUUAAUCUUUUUUUUUAGAAAUAGGACUUUUCAAGCUUAGGCUAUUCUAGUCAAGCUAAGAUAAUUAUUACAAUGGUCCUGACAGUGAAUUUAUUAAUUCAUUUAACUAUAUUAAAUGAGUCAACUUAUCAGCUUUUGGAGUAUUAUAUUUAAGACUGUGACUACAUACUUAUAUAUAUUAUUUAUAUUCAUCAGGCAUCUAUGACACAGUAUCGUAAUACCAGUGUUUCAGACUCAAACUGCCAAUCUCCAACUUCUCCGCAUUCGGCCCCUUCAUACAGUCCUGCACAGUCUCCAGGCAUAACACCUAACAACCAAACGGUCAACUCAACUUUCAGUGAUGCUUACUACAUUCAGCAACAGCAGCAGCAACAAACUAAUGCCCUGCAGCAUCAGUUUGAACAGUUUAACAUGGUAUGUGAAGCUCAAUAUAUAUAUAGAUAUAGAUAUAUACAGAUACAGAUUAUAUAUAGAUAUAUAUAUAUAUAUAUAGAUAUAUAUAUAUAUAUAUAUAUAUAUAUAUAUAUUUAUUUGUAUAUAUAUAUUUAAAACAUACUCUCUUUAUAUAAUAUACACUCAUAUAUAUACUGUAUUAGACACAUUUUUUAUAUAUGUGCACACUAUGUGUUUUUUUGAAGCUCAAUAUAUAUAUAGAUAUAGAUAUAUACAGAUACAGAUUAUAUAUAGAUAUAUAUAUAUAUAUAUAGAUAUAUAUAUAUAUAUAUAUAUAUAGAUAUAUUUAUUUGUAUAGUUAUAUUUAAAACAUGCACUCUUUAUUUAAAAUGCACUCAUUUACAUACUGCAUUGGACACAUAUUUGAUACAUGUGCUCACAAUGUGUGUUUUUUAUGGGGCAGUUAUAGACAUUCUUGGAUGGAAACAAACUGCCCAAUAAAUUAUCUUAUUUGAAUUUUCAAUUCUUUGUUUGCUUAAAGGGUUUUUUAAAAACUAAAUAUUAUAUAAUUACAGUUAACAAUUUUUAAUGUCAUGAUGUUUUUUGAGCUAUUAACCUCAAGCUGUGUAUAAAUUUUUUGUAAAAACCUCUAGCGUCAGGGUUUCCCAACCUGAGGUGCUGGCAACGCCUGGGAGUGGUAGGUGGAAUUUCGGGAUGGGGGCUAUGAGAAAAGAGGCUUUAAAAACAAAGAAGACAUUUGUUUAAUUUUUCCACAGUUCUUUUUGCAAUUGAAUAAAUAAUUAGAAGUCUGUUAUUUUAGAAUUUUUGUCGGGCUGUGAGACUUUGUAAAACAAUUCAUAGGGAGUGCGAGACUAGACGAAUAAUUCGUAAUGGGUGAGAGCAUAGAAAGGGUUGGGUAACACUGCUCUGCAUAAAAUGUUUUAUGACAUUUAUUUCAUGUUGUUAAAGAGAGUUUUUAAAAAUUAUCAGUUGUUGCAAAAGUAGGUCAAGAGACAGCACUUAUUAUUUUGAGUUAUAAACUGGGAUUGUUGAAAUAGCAGACUGCAAAAUGCUUAUAAAUGAAAAUAAUAAUUACCUAAAAAGUCUCCAAAAGAAAAUUUGACAAUUUUUGCUCUUAGUAAAAAAAAAAUUAAAUGACCAGCUACCUGUGGUAUAUGGUAAUUGAUAUUUGCACACCUAAAAAUCGUGAAAACAGAUUAUCUUGAAUUAAUCUGUCUAUACUUAAAAAGUUUUAAUGUUUUGAACUUAAAAACUAGAUUUUCUCAAAAUGAUGAAAGUAUUUUUAUUUGCUGGUCUUAAAUAGAUGCCAUGUCUUCCUGGUCGUUUGCAUAGUUUUGCACUUAAAAAAUUCCUGCAACCCUUUAUUCCCUCCCACCCCCUUCUAACACUAUUGAAAUUGAAAAGUUAUGUCAAAUUGAUAUAAUAUUUUAUUUUAAAAUCGAUUAUGUGCACAUUAAUCAAAGCAUUAUCUGAUUAGUUUUGUUUUGUGUUUUUCACUAAGAAUGUGAAUACAGUGACUCAAAUUAGACUUGCAUAGAGUUGAAUUCCAAAUUGUUUCAAUGGCUUUUAAUCAAUACUGAUCUGACAGAUAUUAUGACAGCCAAUGAAACAGAGAUUAUUUUUCAUAACACUGAUGACAAAAUAUGAAUUUAAAGAGAUUUGCUCACUCACAUCCAGUCAAACAAAUAAGAAUCAGAACUAAUCUGUGUCCUAGACCUUGAUUUGAUGCUCAUCAGGAGAUACUUUUCAUAUUUGGUUACCAAAGCUUGAAAUAUUUCAUAUUUACAUCUGUCAAAUAUUCAGGUAUCGUCGAUACUCUUAUAGAAAACUCAGCAAUUAAUGAAACAAUAUUCCACCAAGUGUGACGGAGCUAAUUGAAAAAUAUUUUAUUUUAUAAAAUUGAGUAUAUUUAUGUUGUUUUUUUUCUUGGAGCAUAAAUCCUUAAUCACCCAUAUCUUUACAGUUGCAUACAUCCCAACUCAAAACCCUGGUUAAAUGCUUCUAAUUCUAAAUCCAUGUACAACAAGUUUUCCUCUGGUUUUGUUGCACAUAGCAAUCUUUGCACUUAUUUUGUGGGGGUGGGUUAAGAUGUAUUAAUUUUACAUUGUUAAAUAGAUGAGAUUAUGGUCUCUUGAAAGCUGUUUAUUUUAUAAACUAUCAAAGAUUUUAAUAGUUAAAGAAUUUAUAAUAAAUAUUUUAAAAAUAUUGAAUUGAAAUUAAGAAAACUUGAAGCCCUGGAUAUCUUCUUUAGAUUUAUGUGAAAUGAGCCGUAUUUUUUUUUUAAAUACUAAAAAAAAUGUUGGGUCAUGUAAAAAUGACUAUAAUUAAUCUUUAACCUUUUAACCUUUAUGUGCUGGUACUUGGAUCUUCAAGUGUUAAGAUGGGGAUUCUUAUUAGAAGAUCUAGGUGGUCUCAUGGAAAAACAACAUCCACCAAGAAAUGCGAUGAAAGCCAACUAUAUUUUGUUAGAAGUUUUUGUAAUUCAUAUUUGCCGUCUGGUACAAAUGUAUCAUUCUGAAAAUAAGCAUUCAACUGAUCACCCAACUAAACCAAAUGCCUCUAAUCAAAAGAUCCCAUUUCUAUUCAUAGUCAUCUAUAAUUUAGAAAGCUUUUCCAAAAUCUUAGAAAUCUUGUCAUCAAGAAAGUGUCAUCAAGGUCAUUUAGGCAUGCCAGCCAAAUGAAACUCCCUUCCCUAUGAGUCUGGCAUCUUCUUUCCCCAGAGCCCCCCACAAGUAAACUCAACCACCAUGGACUCAACAGUUUUGACUACGAAUGGCUUGAGUUUAGUUAGUAGUAAUAGCACUAGUAGUGCUAACAGCUUGGUCUUUUCACAACAUCCAGGGAUAGCAUUAUCCUACUCUCAGGUAUGUCUCAUGAAAGCAUACAAAAAAAAUAAAAGGUUAGCUUCCAUGUAGAUUGUAGUGUAGGCUGAGCCAGUGUUUCUACUUUGCCUGAAACUUGGGUUAUUUGAAUUAGUCUUACAUAACCAGCAGAAUAAAGUUGAAAUGAUUUUUUGUUGUAUAAAUUCUAAAUGAUUGCAACAUAUAUUUCACUUUCUUUCCCUCUUCUUCACAGGCAGCCAUGUUGGCUAUGUCAAGUGCUGAUGACCUUUUUCAGCCACAUUUUCUUGGUCCCAUAGAUGUGAUGGCCAGUGGUCAGCACAAUAGCCAGCUUAUAAUGUCCUCUCAAAACAAUCGACACAUGAAUCAGCAAAACUCCAUGUCAUCUCCCACCUCUGGCAGCAAAAUUCCUGACAUCAUUCUUACAGGUGCAGAACAGUUGCUUUACGAUUGUAAGGUUAUUUUCUAGGAUUGUUUUUAAUGUUCUUUUUUUAUAUAUAUAUUUCUCUGUUGUUAAGUUAAAUUUAAAAUAAAUGGUACCAACCCCCAACCUCACAAUUAACUUUUAAUAUAAAACAUAUUUUAAUCUAAUCUCCUUUAACCCUCGAACUGUGGUCGGACGAUGAAAUCGGCCGAUAUUCUCGUUCUGUGCUGUGGCAGCCGAAAAAAUCAUCAGAUAAAAAACACAGUCCGAUAGCAACUUCCAAUCCAAUAUUUAACCGAAAUCAUAGCCAUUUCCUUUUAUUAAUAAUGAAAUCAACUUCCUGGUGAAGCUGUUUCUUGAUAACUUAACAAUAAGUACUUUUUAAUUGUAAUUUUUAUGGCGGAAGCUAUGGCCAGGCCUUCAGUGCGAGAACUAAUAUAAAUAUUUUUGAAAGCUUUUUAGGAGAGGAUUUAAGUGAUACUGAUGAUGAUUUUAACAUUCCCUAUGACAUCUCACUUCAGAUUCUUCUUUUCGUGAAUCUGAUACUAGUCUUAGUGAUACUGAAGUAGGCCUACUGAGGCUACUGUUUGACUUUGAGCCAGGCCCGGAGUUUGGGCAAGGACUGACUGAAUUUUAGUAACAGAAGCUACAUAAUUAUAGAUCAGAACUAAUAAGUUUAUAGUUUAAUAACCCAAAUCAGUUCCACGGUUCCUUUUUAAAUGUUUACUAGUCAAUAAUUACUAUUUUGCCUGUGAUUUUGUAUUUUGUAAUUGGUUUUAGCAGUGGUCCCAGUUUCUUACAAAAAUGACCUAAAAUGACUAAAAUUGCUUUCAGAUGUUUAAUUGCAAUCAAAACCUUAGCAAUCUAUACAUUUUCUGAUAGAUAAAUGAAUUGGCUACAACAUUUAGAUUUGUAUUUUAAGACUAUAUAAAAAUUAAUGAUGUUAUGAGCACUUGAAAGCAAGACAUUUUGUCGAUUUUUAUUUUCUUGAGAACUCAAGGUCAAGGACACUGAGCAAAAAAAAAAAUUCAAGGGGUGGGCAAUAUGGGCAACUUUAUCCCCAUCCAUUUACCUUUCUAAAAAUAUAUAAUUAUUGGGGUCUUGCAUCAAUAUUUCUAUGUCAUUUAAUGCAAUUUCAAAAGGCACUCAAAAAGCUCUACACCACAGAAUGAUGCAUGCCACAGUUCGAGGGUUAAUCAUUGUACAAUCUUUAUGUGGGCCUGCAUUCUGGUGUUGUAAGACAAAAAUUGAAGUUGUCAGAAACCAAACUUUAUUUACUGGUUUUAAAUUAUUAUUAGUAUUAGUUUUAAGUAGAAAGUGUUUUAUAAUUAUAAUUACUCAUUAUGCUUUGUAACGAGAAAAAAAAACAUUUAAAAAAACACAUUUUAAUCAGUGUCAUAAUUGUUGUACACGUUCUGCUUACUUUUUUUUUACCCAUUGGCCCAUUACUCACCCUUUGCACCUCUCCUAUCCAGUACAAUUAAUAAUAACUUUUCAUAGCAUCAAGACUAAACAUUUUAUGUAGAUAGCAUUCCUUUGCGCAAGAAAAUUGACUAAGAAUUUGGUAUUAUUUUUAAUGUGCUGUUUUAAUGUUUAAGUAAUAUGCUAUUCAAUUCUUUGCCAAACAUGUUGUAGCAGAAGUUUUCAAACUCUUAAAAAUAAUCAAGGGGGGCUUAAAGUAAUAGAGAUAAUGUGGGUAAUUUAUAUUCUCAUAUUUAAAAUAUUAAUCCAUAUAAAGCCUUUACCUCAAAACUUAAUAACUUUAUGCCAUUUAAAACAAUUUUAAUGAUCUUUAAAAAAAAAAUUUAAUUAACUCUAUUUGUCAGAAUCAAUUUUGAGUUUUAUAAAAGUUAACAUUUCUGACUGACCAAAUUUUUGUGUUAUAUUAAAUUAUGCAUUAGAAUUGGUCUGUCAACAAACCACGAACUGGAUCUCUUUGCAUAACAAUGUUAUUUAGCCUCUUUUAAUUUUUAGUUAUCUUUUUUAUUGAACAACUUAUAGGCAAUAAAGCAUCUUUUGUUAAGACAAUACUUUUGCAAAUCCAUGUUACAUAAGGAAUGAAAUUGGGAACCCAAGCCAAGCCUUUAAGGGCGCCCAAGAAUUUCAAUUUGAACACACAAACACAAAUCCCGCCCCUCCCCUAACCCCUGGCCACUUGAUGGUAUAUUUCUUUACUCAAUUCUUGACUUUAGGAAUUCUAUUAUUUAUGAGAUAAAAAGUAAAAACAUAUAAUGAUUUAUCUUAGCAAAUCUUAUCUUUUACGAAUAACUCAUUUAAAGGAGCAUUUGUUAUAAAUUAUCUAGGAUAAAUUAGCAUGUCGAUGUAAAUGAAGUGUUAAAACUUAUAAUUGAUUCCAUAAAUGUGUACCGGUAAAAGAUUUUCUUUUUUAAAAAAAAUACUUUUUAAAACUUAAAAAAAUUGAAUAGUCACUAGAUUGAAAUGAAUGUGACAUUGUUAUGAUUCUGAUCUCUUAUUUCAUUUUAAUCUUUAUAUUUUCUUUCUAUGUAAAAUCUUUUCAUUUUAGUAACUAAUCCACCUUCCGAUGUUAGUGUAAAUUUUUUGUUUUUUAACAAGUUUGCUAUUUUUAAAACGUAUUUUACAUGACUCUUAGAUGGCUGGGUAAUAUCAACUUUUAACCCUCGUAAAAAAAAAAACAUGAUAUUAAUCUUUGUAAUCAUUUUUUUAAAAAUAAAUACAAUUUUGGACAUCCAAUAGUGCAUAUCAAAUAAUCAACACAUUUUAGGCAUUAAAUUGACUUACUGCCAUCGAUGCUUGGCCUUGAUUAUCACUCCCCAAAUACUAAACAGUAACACAAUUUCAUUAAUUUUGAUUUUAUAAUUAAUUUUGGACUAAUUGUAAUCAAGUCUUUUCAUGUUACUAUUUUUUUUAUUCCAAGGUGCAGAUGACAUGUGCCGGUUACCAUUGGACUUUGCCAAAGAUUUGGGAAAUGCCAUUACUGGCAUGUCCGAUAGUUUUGAUGCAGACUUUCUUACAAAUGAUGAAGCUUUUAAAGCUGGCCUUGAUCCUUUAGACUUUGAAGAGAUUCAGAUGUUGACAGAUGCUAGCCUAGUUGCUGAUCCAGCCACAGAGGAUUCCUUUAAACUUGAUAGAUUAUAA